AUGAGCUCCCGCGCCGCUCAACACCCGUACGGCCACCCCAUCGCCGCCCUGCCACAGGCCCUGCGUCUCGCGCGUUGCCAGUCGCAGCACAUCCUCCAGCAGCUCGUCGACGAGGUGCCAAGCGAAGACGAUGUCGUAAACCAGCCAAUCACGCGAGACGAAGAGCGCAUCCUCACGCUGAACGCCAGCGUCGUUGCAUCGCUUGAAGAUCUCUUCAGCUGGCGCAAGAAGGACAGGACGUCGCGGACGAGCACACUGACGCCUACCGAAUCAUUCCGCUUCCGGCGCGCCAUGUAUCGUGCCUGGCUCGUCUCUCAUCUCUACGGCCUCGGCAGCAUGCCUCCAGAAUCCGACUACAAGCUGGAGGAGAACGCAAUGAAUGACAACCUGGAGAAACAGAGGAAGUUUCUGCAGGGGUACAAUGCUUUUGACUUGUUGCAGCUCAGGGCAGCAUCAUGUUUCCUUACGGAACUUGGCAGUUGGGUAGCCUUUGCAGAAGGGAGCAUCAUAGGCUCCCUUGAAGUCUAUGACUUUGACGGACUAUACCUCUUUGCUGGACCUCGGGCUAUCUUGCAAUGUUACGAAGAGAUAACCACGAAGCCCAUAUUCAGAGGAGGUUAUCUCACCGACGACGGGCUGUUCUCCAAAUUCCUCAUGGGCCCACUCGAGCAGAUCCUACAACUUCGGCAAAUCGGCCAUGCAGGCAAGGAAUAUCGCCUAUGUUUUGUCGACUGCUCUCCAGGCGAGAACGACCGGUGUGCUCAUUGCCAAAAGGCAUAUUACUUUCUCCCAAGCAUCAAGCCUGGUUUAUAUCUUUACAACGAAACUAAUUGGGACUAUUUGAAAGGGCAAGAGUUGAUAGUCGCCAACUACCGGCAUUUGAAGGGAAAACUUGGACUCAACGAACAAGACAGGGGAAUGGGUAAAGCGGCUCGCGCCAUGGACUGUUCCUCGUUGCUCCGCGAGCUAUUCAAUGUCGCACGCGACCCUUACCGCAAUUGGUCGCGAAAGGAAUGGUUCUGCCACGACUGCAUCAGAAAUCUGUACGAAGACACUCUGCCAUUUUGGUGGCUCGAACGAAAAGAACGCGACUCAAAGCGCUGGCUAGAUAUGGAUAUGACUGUCAUCUUCAAGUCGGACGCGCAGGUUCCACGCAUGCGCGCGAAUUCAAUCACCUUUGUGAACCUCUCGAGCAGCACCCCGACUCGCGCCCUGAGUGGGAGUAUUGGAAUCGCGAGAGAGAGCUCUGGCAAUGAUUGGUAG